AGCUACGGGUUAAUUUAAGACUAGGAGCAAAACCUGUUGCCAAUUAGGAACAGUGAGCGCCACAUGUGGGCUAGACGUAGCUAUCUCCAGAGGGGCAAAGGGGUAGAAACCGCGGUGCGCGCAAUCCAGACAAGCUGAAUGUCUGUGUAAUAACUUGUUGGAGAUCAUUUUGCAGUUUCGUAUAUGAACAACUUUUAGAUUAGAUUACUGUAUUUUUUCUUAAUGAGACAGUUAAACAAGACCUACAGAACUGAAGGACCGAUGCGCUAAAGGGCCACCAUUCACUCGUGGCCUGUUUCCAGUUUUACCUUUCCGCAUUACAACAUGGCACAUAUCUCGACCAUAUUUUUCUUGUGUGUUACAUCUUCACUCGGAGGAGCCCAGAGCUUCACUGGCCAUGACAGGAGCAGACCGUGCGUCGGAACGCAGUGUCAGGGUGGUGGAGAGGCGGUAGCGUCCCGACGGCAGUUUCAUCACUCUGCACAAUCCAGACAAGGCCAAGUCUACACGAAUUACCAACAGGAUGCUCGUUUCGGUCGUCACCAAGCUCAGAGCGCGCCGUUAGCCCCGUACGCAGUCGUUCAUCCUCAGGGAGGGUUUGCGCAGCAAACUGGUAUGGAUGGCACCAGGAGGACAAACCCGAGAACUAUCACGGCAGAGGUGUUUCAUCCUGGCUGCGCCGGAGGGACCUGUCCGACAACUGUCUCUCAGCGUCAAACGAGUGAUGACAGUGCAACACGGGAGUGCAAAGGGAUUGGAUGUAAACUGAUGCGCCAGAAGCCCAAGUCUUGCGCCGGAGACAGCUGCGGUACGCACGGAGGAGACGAUGGGAGAGGCGGCUCUUCCCCAGUUCAUGUGACGGACAGAGCCGCACAGUUUCUUGAUGAGCUUCCGGACUCUGGGUCGGAACGUGGAGCAUCGAUACAGUUGACAUGUGACAUGAAACCAGGGACCAAUGAGGUUCCCUCAGAUGACGCUCUUGUGCUGCAUCUGCAACUGUCCAAGGGCCAGCAGAAGCUGGUUGAGGCCCUCAGGGGCCAGCAGAACGAGAUCAAGGAGCUGCAGAGGCUCCUGAGUGAACAGCAGGGGAUGCUGGUCAACCAGCAGAGAGAAAUACUGGAACAGCAGAGGAGGAUGUAUGAACAAAUGGAGCAGGUGAAAUCCCAGUACAACAUACUGAUGGACAGCAUCAAACAAACAUCUUUCCAGAACCUCCGGGAAGAGCUGGAAAGUCACAUGGAAACCUUGAGUGGGCAGGUUAGAGCUCACCAAGCGCAAGAGGCUCUCUCUUUGCACAAAGUGGACAUGGAGGCGAGUGUGAUGGAGGUGGGUCGCUCCCUGUUGACCUGUGGAAGCUGUGGCACUGAGGAGUACUGUGGCUUCAGCAGCGGUCGUCCUCGCUGUGAGAGAUGCACUGUCUGUCCUGCUGGCUUCUUCCUGGUCGCUCAGUGUUCAGUCCAUGCAGACAGAAUCUGCCAGGACAGAGAUGAAUGUCUUGAAAUAGCUAAUUUGUGUGGAGACCAGCAGAAAUGUCUCAACACUCCAGGUGGUUUCAGGUGCCAGGGCAUGACAGAGCGUGAUGCAAACUCAGGAAUAUGUGGCCGUGGUUACUUCUACAACUCAGACAUGCAUGAGUGUCAGGCUUGUAAUGAGUGUGACGGAGAACCUGUAGUUUUACCCUGUACCUUCACCACAGACACCAUCUGCUCCAGCCCUGCUGCUGGUGACAGUGCUCUUUCUCUGUCCUGGGCUGGAGAUGUGAGUCUGCCAGGGGCAAAAGGACAUGACAUGGCUCAUGCCUUCUCCUGCAUGCAGCUUGACAUCCAAGGAAAAGGUGACAUAGACCUGGUGUCUGCUGAGAAUGGGCACCUGUUGCUCAAGCAGCAUGGUCUGGUCUGGCUGGAUGAGAAUCUCUCAGUGAGUCACAGCUGUCGCAGCUUCAUCCAGAUCUGUCUGAGAAUGAACAGCACAGAUGGUUCAGAAGGUCGUGACCUCAGUGGCAUGAGGGUGGAGCAGCAAGAGGGAAGAUCGCUUCAAAGUGUCAGCAUUAGUGGGGUAGCAGAGGUUGCCCCAGGUCACAUGAUCACCCUGUUCCUCCGGAGUGCCAGCCACCACUGUAAUCAAACCAGAGAAGGUCUCCAGCUGUAUGACCCCACAGCAGCUCCGCUCAGCCUCCUCUGGCUCUCUCAUGAUACCGGGGCUGUUGCCAUGACAGCACAAGCAAUGGUGUCUGUACACUACCACACAAACUACCGCCCAGUGUUCCGCACUACCUCCACCUCCGACCAUUAUGUAGUGGGGCUUACUCACGACGGCCGUGGGGUCCGUUUUGCAGAAAGUGGCACAGUGCGUUUUGUAUUCCAGCAGGCACUGUACUCCAUGGGCCAGGCCUGUGUCAGUGAAGGCUUCCAGCUGUUAGCAUACCUCAACCGUAACGGAACCGGCACAGAGCUGUGUCGUAGCUACAAACCAGGCGUCCACUAUCGGGACACGUCCAUAUCUUUGUCUGGUGUGGCUAAAGUUGUUCCUGGGGACACGCUGAGCUUUGAGAUCCUUUCUCCUGCACAGUGCAAUGUUCGCUUCUUUGGUGAUGAGACAGGCAUCAGUACCGUCAGUUUGGUUUGGGUCCCUGCAGCCAUUUCUUCCUCUUUGUCUGCUUCUGUGGCUCACACUGGCCUUCCUCCAGCUCUCAGGCAAAAUGAUGCAGAGAGGAAAGGAGGAGGCAGGGGGGCAGAGGGAGCUCAGCCCGUCCCUCUGGCCCAGCAGGUGGGUGGCCACAUGCCAGAGGGCAGCCAUUGGGCCAGUGUGAGCCUGCGGGCGUCCUUUCAGGUUCAUAAUGGCACAGUGGUGUUCUUCACACUGGACUGUGUACGUGGACGGAUCAACCAGAUCAGUUACCAGACAGGAAGUGGAGUGUCAAUCCUCUGGGUAGCAGCAUAA